AUGAACCUCAAGGUCAUCCAAGGACUGGCUUUCGCCAUAUGCGUCGCCGCUGCUACGGAGGGCUCACCCGGCGAUCCUGAUUUUUACAACACCGUUGCCGAGAUAUUCUCGGGGCCCGACUGCGGCGAAGAAAGCUUUGUCUGGGCGGAUCCUAUAUUCGGGAGCGGCGGGAGCUGUCAACCUCUCGAUAGACACGGGAAUACCCCUGACAUCCUCAGCUACAAAGCUACCGAUAUCUAUCCCGAGUGCAUAGCAGAGACAUACGCCGACUGGUGUAAAGAAGACCUGGAGCAUUUACUGGGACAUUGGAGUCAGAUUCUAGACGAUGAGACUCUCUACGCAUCUUGCGCGGAUGACUGGUCGCGUGUUUUACUACGGGUCCCUGCAAUAGCCGAUACUAUACGAUAUACUUACGAGACGGAUGAUAUAGUGCAGGAAGACGAAGAAGACUUCGACCGUCCUGGCCCAGGUGAAGAGUUCAAGAUGGGCUUAUAUGAGGCUGGGCGUCAAGAAAAAACAAUGCUUUUCCUGGUUGACGAGCAAGCUUUACGGGCAGGGCUCGUCAAGAUCUUAUGGUUAGAUAUACACGGGAAAUGUGUGUGGGAGAAUCGGCUGGGCCCGCAUAAUUUGCUCGAGUUCCGAGGUCGAAUGUUUGAUGGAGGAUCCCUAGCGGAUUUAUAUGAUGGCUGUGAGUAUGUUGAUAUGUAUGAACCUGGCGCGCUGCUCGAGAUUGACUGA